AGAAUGCUUUCUGUCACCGAUUCACGAGUUUAACAUUGACAAUUACAAUCUAUCCAAAAUUAUCAAUCACAGACUACCAUUAAAGUGACAAUAAUUUAGCCUAAAAAACAACCUUUCACCCCCAGAGACAAUUACUGAUAAGAAUUGAGACAUGAUAACACUCAAAUAUUUGCUAAUAAAUUACAACAAUCUAGCUCUAAAACCUUAUCAGAAACCAAAAAACUGCAACUAAGUCAUUCAAUAGAAAUAAGCCGCUCAAAAUUGGUCAGUGAGUUCUGAUUGUAGCUAACAUUAUGUUGAAAAUUGAGUGCUCCAAAGUUUGUAAAAUGAAAAUUGAAAAUUUGUGGGUGUUUUUACUGUUGGUCACAACAUUAGUAAGUGGAAAUUCAAGUGUUAAUAGACUCAAUCAAGAAGAGACAGAGGUGGUGAUUUAUUCAACAGAAAGUGUAGGGAACUCAGUAUCCCAGAAUUCAUUCAAGGAUUUUACAACUGUCGAGGAAAAAGGAUAUUCAUUAAAAAGUGUUGUUUACCCAAUAUUUCUAACAACAUACAUUGAAAAGAUGAGAUUUGACAAGCAAAAUCAACUGAAAUCAGUGUUUAAUUUGUCAGAAAAUGUGGAAACACACCAAAAACUAGUGCUAAAUUCGUCAGAAAGUGUAGGAACCAACAGAAAACAAGUGAUAAUUCCAUCAGGUACUUUAGGAACCCAAUUAUCAUCGAUAUCCGAUUUAGAAGAACCCAGUUUUAACAAACCUAAUCAAGAUAAAACAGUGUUUAAUGACUUAAGUAUGGGAACCCAACAAAAACCUGAUUUAAAAGGAAGUAUGAAAACAAACAAAAAUCCAGACUUUAUUUCAUCAGAAAAUGUGGGAACCCCAUUAUUUCUUACUCCUUACUUAGAAAAGGGACUAAUACAGGAGGCCCAACAAUUAUCCAAGGUACAACCAUUUGUGGAAGGAGUCACAAGUUACGCAGGACUAUUAACAGUGAACAAAACGUUUGGCUCCAACUUGUUUUUCUGGUUUUUCCCAAGCAAAACCGACUGGACCAAGUCCCCCAUAGCAGUCUGGCUCCAAGGAGGUCCCGGGGGUUCCUCGCUUUACGGGCUUUUCAAAGAAAACGGACCCUUCAUUGUCCACAAAAACCAAAAACUCACUUCCAGAAAAUACUCGUGGCACAAUUAUUGCAACAUGAUCUACAUUGAUAGCCCCGUGGGACCGGGUACAGUUUUACAAGGAACCAAGAUGGUUACGCUAGAAAUCAGACCAGGAUUGGUGAGGAUUUAUAUGAGGCUAUGAGACAAUUUUUGGUGAUGUUUCCCCAGAUACAAUCUAACCCUUUCUAUAUUACUGGGGAAUCGUAUGCGGGCAAGUUUAUACCAGCCUUGGGGUAUGCUAUACAUACACACAAUAUGCGCUCCUCUUUCAAAAUCAACCUACAAGGAUUGUUGAUAGGUAACGGGUUAACGGAUCCUGAGCAUAUGAUACCAGGAUACGCCGAUGUUUUGUAUGGGUUGGGUUUUAUCGAUUACAACCAGAAGAAAAUGUUUGAAAAACGUCAGGAGUUAACAGUAACCGCUAUAAAGAAUCAAGAUUGGGGAACUGCUACUUUGUUGUACUCCCAGUUAAUCAUUGGGUACUCUUCCUUUCCCUACCCAACUUUCUACACAAAUUCAACUGGUUUGACAACUUACUACAAUUACGUCAACGAAAACUCAGCAAAAUGGUAUGAUUACGAGGCAGAUUUCGUGAUUAGUUCCAAAUUUCGCCGCCAUGUUCACGUUGGGAACCUCACUAGGGACCGCGGUGAUCUAACUGAAAAACUCAUGCAAGAUGACAUCGCAAAAUCGGUUAUAACCUGGGUGAAAGAACUGGUAGAACAUUACAGAGUGACAUUCUAUAACGGACAGCUGGAUAUAAUCUGUGCCUACCCAUUGACCGAGAAUUUCCUGCGAAAAUUGGAGUGGAGCGGUGCGAGCAAAUACCGGGAAACUCGAAGAAAAUUGUGGAAAAUCGAUGGGGAACUAGCUGGAUAUGUGAGGAGCUCGGGAAAUCUGGCUGAUAUUAUGGUGAGAAAUUCGGGUCACAUGGUCCCGACUGAUCAACCCAAGUGGGCAUACCAUCUUUUCAAUAAUUUCAUCUACAAUAGGACAUUCUUAUAAACUCCUGAAAAAUAUAGUUUUUUCAAUUACUUAUCAUGAAAUUGGACGGACAUUCUUGUAAGCUUAUGAAAACUAUUAAUUUUCAAAUAAUUUCUGAUAAAUCCUAACAUUGAAAAACUAUUCAAGAUACCAUACAUGAAUAAUGUUUUCAAUAAAUUUAUGAACAGACCAGUCGAGUAUUUGUUGAAUUUGCUAAUAGAAAAUUGAUAAACCUAAUAAUAAAAAAUCGUUGGCA